AUGCGGCACAAGGCAUUUUGGACUGCUCUGGAGUAUACCUGCCGAUUGCUGGGCAUCUCCACCGCAGCAGUACUGAUCGGUGUGGGCGUAGAAACUCUGCAGCGAGGACAGUUCAAAAGCCUGGCUUUCUAUCUGCUUUUUUCAGGAACUGCAGUUACUGUCUGCGAAGGCUUCUUCUUUAUCACUUUGUUCCUGGGAAUGUGCUUCACAUACGAGCCAGGCUCCCUGGCACACACCUGCUGCAAGCGAGCUAAACGUCCAGGAAGCUUCCAGAAAUUCAUGGGGUACACGCUGCUCUCGGUGGCUUGCUUCCUGCAUCCCGUCCUUGUCUGGCACGUCACCAUCCCUGGCUCCAUGCUGGUGCUCACUGCCCUGGCCUACUUCCUGCUGAGCAAGAGGAGGAAGAGCCCAGGGCAUAAAGAGACACAAUCCCAAGCAGGCCAAUAUGUGGACCCUUCAGCUACCAUGGCAGCCUCGACCAGCGCUGGUGACACCGAGCAGACCUACACUUUCUAUGGGGCGCAGAGGGAGCAGCACUGCUCACUGCUUGGCCACAUGAAGAGCAUCCUGAAGGGGAGCAGGGACAAGAGCCUGGCCCAGGCAGCUCCUGCCAUACCAGCACCCCCACCAGCCCCACGCAAGCAAGUGCACUUCCAGGAAAAAGUGGUGCGGAUCAUCCCCUCCACUAGCGACAGCUUGGAGGAUGUGGAGAGUGAGGCUGAAGACACCACAUUGGACACAGCACCCAUCCUCACUCCUCCAGACACCCCUGUCAUUCUCACUCCCCUCAGCUCCACAGGGCUGUUCUGA